AUGUCAACAGAAGGAAGCGGCGAGAAUUCCUCGACUGUACCCAGUUUACCUGGAGCUCCAGAGCAAACUUAUCUUUUCCCCAAAGCGAAAGGGCAUUCGAGAUCAAUCAGCCAUGGAGGAACACCGAUGCUUGCUGGAAAUCCAGCAGCUGCGCGACCACUCAAAUCCGCCCUUCGCGGUCAUCAGCGUGCCUUAUCGCAUGGACAAAUUGGCGAAGGUCCUCGUGCAGCAUCUGGACCUGGACACAGCCGCACCGGUAGUCGCACCGACUUCAUAUUGCCCCCGGGACACCGCGAGCCUGCUCCUGUUAGCGCUCAGCCCCGGUUGGGUUCUGUGCGUGCUCAUCACUCUCGUCAAGCUUCACGUUCUGAUUCCAUAUAUACCAUACGACGAAACUCGGUUGUAGCGCCAUGGCGACGUGCGGUCUUUUGGUUAAUGCGCCGACAACAACCUGCUAUAGAUAAUCGUCAUUUUGUAGUUAUACCUAAUCACUUAGUGCCUGAGAAAACACCUCCAAAAGACCAUCCCAAUGGCCAGCGAUGUGACAAUAAAAUCAGGACUACAAAGUACACCCUUCUAUCAUUUCUACCAAAGAACUUAUUUGAGCAAUUCCAUAGAAUUGCAAAUGUGUAUUUCAUAUUUAUAGUGUUGUUAAACUGGGUGCCAGCUAUCAAUGCAUUCGGAAAAGAGGUGGCCAUGUUGCCUGUGGUGUUUGUGCUUGGAAUAACAGCUAUCAAAGAUUUAUUUGAAGAUCGAAGAAGACAUUUAUCAGACAAGAGGAUAAACAACUCAUUUUGUAGAGUUUAUAAAAAAUCCGUAGAGCGGUACGUGAGGGUCAAAUGGCGAGACGUCAGAGUAGGAGACCUAGUUCAUCUGUCGAACAACGAGGCUGUACCAGCAGACAUGGUCCUAUUGCACUCUUCCAAUCCACUCGGCAUCUGCUACCUUGACACAUGUAAUCUGGACGGAGAGACUAAUUUAAAGCAGAGAAUCGUCGUCACUGGGUUCAGGGAUAAGCAAACAGAGUUCAAUCCGCUAAAAUUUAGAAGUUCCGUUGAAGUAGAACGGCCGUCCACUAAAAUAUAUCGAUUUACUGGCACCAUAUCACAUCCCAACGGAUCUCGUGUCCCGCUUAAUUCCGAAAAUCUACUGUUAAGAGACUGCACGAUCAAAAACACUGACUUUGUGGAGGGAAUAGUCGUCUACGCUGGCCAUGAAACGAAAGCUAUGCUCAAUAACGGUGGACCAAGAUAUAAAUGUUCCGGUUUGGAAAGAAAGAUGAACACAGACGUAAUAUGGUGUGUUUUAGUGCUGCUUUUUCUCUGCUGCGCUGGCGCGGUCGGUUGCAAAGUGUGGUUAGACCAAUACAGUCCUCACAUAGUUAAAUUUACACCAUUUAUUCCGAACUCGGGGAAACCGGCUUACGAAGGGCUACUCAUAUUCUGGACGUACAUAAUAGUGCUACAAGUAAUGAUCCCAGUAUCUCUGUACGUGACGAUUGAGAUGACAAAACUAUUACAAGUGUACCAUGUACAUCAAGAUGUAGAAAUGUUCGAUCCUCAGACAAAUACACGAGUGGAGUGUCGAGCAUUGAAUAUAACAGAGGAAUUAGGGCAGAUCAACUAUUUGUUUAGUGAUAAGACGGGUACGUUGACUGAAAAUAAAAUGGUGUUCAGGAGAUGUACAGUGAACGGAAUGGACUAUGACCAUCCGCCUGGUCCGCCCGCCGAGCCCUCACCCGAACUUCCGCCCAUCGUUACACCUGUAACCAACGUUUCACCAAACAGAAGAAUGUUGCAGCAUUUACUCGACAAUAACGACGCACAGCAUACUCAAAAAGUUCGCGAGUUUCUGUUGAUGUUGGCGUUAUGCAACACGGUGGUGGUGAGUCAACCCCACGUGGACAACAUGCAGCUAAGCGGCUCUAACUCUGAACAGAUACAAAAACCAAUGCGCGCCAACGGCACUUUGCGAUCUAACGAUAAAUACGCCCGACUUACCGAAUCCCGUUCCACGACACCUUCGCCUCCACCGUCGACCACAUCACCUCUACGAAUACGACUACCCAAACUGCCCUUCGGAAGUCGGGAGGAAACCAGCAGCGAGCCGAGCACUUCUGCUGAAAAUACGUUCGCGAGAUUUGAAGCGGAGAGUCCAGACGAGCUGGCUCUAGCAGAAGCUGCUUUAGCGUACGGAUAUGAAUUACGCGGGCGCUCACCCGACGAAGUUGAGAUCGGUAUUAGGGGCGAGGUCUCCCGGUUGAAAGUGCUGCGAGUACAACAGUUCGAUUCCAACAGAAAAUGUAUGUCCAUCGCGCUGCGAACCCCUAACGGACAGGUCGUCUUGUACGUAAAAGGUGCCGACAGUACAGUACUGGGUGCAUUGGCUCCAAUGCGUUCAGGAUCACCAGAGGCGUCCGCUUACGAGAGAACUCGCUCACUGUUGUCGGAGUAUUCCCGCGCGGGUCUGCGUACACUGGUCAUGGCUAAACGCACGAUGCAGCCAGCGUUGUGGGAAGAAUGGCUGGCGGGACAUGUGCGAGCCAGCGAAAUAGGAGAAGGACGUGACAAGCGCAUUCGUGACUCACUCGCGCGAUUAGAGAGUGCCCUAACGUUAGUCGGCGCGACCGGUGUAGAGGAUCGGUUGCAAGAGGCUGUACCUCGUACUGUGCGCGCGUUGCUAGACGCCGGUAUCAUAGUGUGGGUACUCACCGGAGAUAAGCCGGAGACUGCCAUCAACAUAGCUUAUUCUGCUGCCCUAUUCUCCCAGAGCGACCGGCUGUUACAUCUCAUGUCGCGAGACAAAGAACAUGCGGAAUCAACGAUCAAAAGCUACCUGGAGGGUGGCGCGGGUGAAACGGCAGGCGGACGCGCACUCGUAGUGGACGGUCGAACGCUCACUUACAUACUGGACCGACGCUCGGGACUAGUGGCGCCCUUCCUGUCACUGGCGCGACGCUGCUCCGCCGUACUGUGCUGUCGGGCCACACCGCUGCAGAAGGCAUACAUCGUUAAGGCUGUAAAAGAAGAAUUGGGCGUCACUACACUCGCGAUUGGAGAUGGCGCUAACGAUGUGUCUAUGAUACAAACGGCUGACGUGGGAAUUGGACUGUCGGGCCAAGAGGGGCGACAAGCAGUAAUGGCGUCAGAUUUCGCGUUGUCGCGGUUCAAGUUUCUUGAGCGGUUGCUUCUAGUACACGGCCACUGGUGUUACGACCGCCUCGCUAGAAUGAUACUGUAUUUUUUCCUCAAGAAUGCUACAUUUGUGUUCCUGGUGUUUUGGUAUCAGCUGUACAAUGGAUUUUCAGCAAUGGUCAUGAUCGACCAAACGCAUCUCAUGUGCUAUAAUCUUAUAUUCACCGCUAUCCCACCAAUUGUUAUAGGCGCGUACGACCGCGUGGCGCCAGCGACGUUACUGACUGAACGGCCGGGUCUAUACGGUGCGUCACGGCGCGGCCUCGCUUACCGCACGCACUCGUACUGGCUGGUACUCGCCGAGAGUAUCUACAUCAGUCUCGUGAUAUUCUUCACCGCGGCCAGCGCGUACUGGGACACCGAUAUCGGCAUAUGGACGUUCGGCACAUGCUGUAUGACAUGCUGUCUCGUCAUUAUGCUCGUGUACGUCGCCAUCGAGACUAGGAGCUGGACGGUGAUCCACCUCCUCGCCUUGACUGGUUCACUUCUUUCAUUCUUCAUAUUGACCCUGAUCUACGAGUCGGUGUGUGUAUCUUGCUUCAACCUACCGUCGACGUACCACGUGAUGCAUCACGCAAUUUCCGAUCCGACUUACUGGCUAGUCGUCAUACUCACCACAGUGGCGGCGCUUAUGCCCAGACUAGCGUGGCGCGCAGUACGCAACUCUGUAAGGCCGGGCACACUCGGCCGCGCGGUACUGGCACGCCGCCGCCCGUGUCUACAGGUCAACAGACGAAGACGGUCUGCAGAAGACUACUACGGAGGUAGCGGCCAUCACGUGA